AUGUGGUGUGUAUUACCAGCAACAUUUCCUGAAAAUUAUGAAUUAAUAAUACAUGAUCCAUCACGUCCAAAAUUUGUUAUAUCUUAUCCAUGUAGUUUAUUAAAUUUAAUCAUUAAGGAUCAUUAUACAAAUGAUCAAUAUCAUGAAUUAGUUGAUAAAGAUAAACACAUUUAUGAAAUUCGUUCAGAAAAUUCAAUUUUUUUUUUUUAA